UAUCGACCGAAUUGAAUUAACUCAAUUGGUCCAUCGUAACAAACUGACAUCAAUUAAGGCUCAGACCUAAAUUGUAUCAGCUGUUGGCGAAAAUUGAUAUAAAAACUUCGUCGAGACUCAUUCAACUUUCAGUUUAUAUCGCAGCAUCUAAAGUGUACAAGUGAAAGUGAGAAAUUGGAUUCGUGAGAGUUUUAACUUAGAAAAUUUUUGUUAUUCGACAUAUAAAUUUUUGGAAAUAAAGACAUUUUCUUAAUUUGACUCGAAAGUGGCAAUUAUGACGGGCAGAAUGUCGUUUUCUUCUUCGACGAGCAUAAAUGUUAUGGCCGAUUUGAUAUCGUCAUCAACAAGUGUGAAUGUUGUAAGGCCGACUAGAAAAAGUCUCGAUGUGCAGAGCUGCAGAGAAUCAGACAAAGUGCAAAAUGACUUAUCUGCGAAGAAAAAAGGGGUUUUCAUAGAUGAAGCCAUUUCCAAAACCAAGUUCGGUCUCUUCAACUAUGUUAUGAUUUUUCUUAGUGGAUUAAUCUUGAACGCAGUAUUAAUGGAAACAUGCGGUAUGGCCUUUGUGAUUCCCGUUUCACAAUGUGACAUGAAAUUGAGUGCAAGUGAAAAGGGCAUUUUGGGCGCCGUUUCAUUCUUUGGCAUAAUUUGUUCGUCACAUUUAUGGGGCUUCUUGGCGGAUACCAAAGGCCGUCGCUGCGUCAUUCAACCCACUCUAUUCGUAGCGUUCCUUUUGUCUGUAACCUCUUCAUUCGUUCAGAACUUUUAUCUUUUUGUUGCACUGCGAUUUCUCAAUGGGUUUUUCAUCUCAGGUUCGUCGGCUACAGUUUUCGCAUAUUUGGGUGAAUUUCAUAACAACGAACAGCGAAGUCGUGCCAUAAUGGGAUCGGCGGUAAUCUACGGUAUUUCAUGUCUAUUGUUGCCAUUGAUCGCAUGGUUUGUCAUCAAUCAAGAUUGGCAAUUUCACGUGCCUCUCAUCGACAUCACAUACAAACCGUGGCGUUUGUUCAUUAUUGUUUGCGGUAUUCCCGGAUUCCUUGCGUCGAUGAUUCUAUUAUUCAUGCCAGAGAGUCCGAAAUUCGUUCUCGGCCAGGGUAACGAAGUGGAAGCCUAUAAAGUUUUGCAAACAAUGAACCGAUGGAAUAACGGCAAGAAAAACAAAGUUGAAUCAUUCGAAAUUUAUGAAGAGGCUGAAUCAAUCGAAAAUCGACGUCGUAUUACGGACUGCAAGAACAGUCGAUUCCCAUUGUUGAAAUCCGUUUGGAUACAAACCGCCCCAUUAUUCAAACCUCCUCAUUUGUCAUCGACUCUUUUGAUUUGCACUAUUCAAUUCGGAAUUUAUGCUACGAGCAACGGAUUUUACAUGUUCUUCGCCGAAGUCUUGAACAGAAUGGCAACCAAUUUGGGCAGUUUUACUGAGCAACGAAUGGCUAUGUGCGACAUUAUCAACAUGAAACCGGCUAACAUGAGCGCAAAUCAACUAAAUGAACAUGACGAUGUGAAAUGCAUCACAAAACUUGAGUUGGCGACGCUGGAACAAGGAAUCGUCCUGGAAUUUUUGUUCGCUCUAGGUUUUGCGGUCAUCGGACUGAUCAUUAAUAAAGUUGGCAAAUUCCCCAUUUUAUUUGUCAUUUUGAUUGUUAGUGGAUCGGGUGGGAUCCUUUGCAUGAAUACUGAUAUUCCCGUGGUGCAAAUAUACUCUUUUAUUGCACUGAUGUGUGCGGGCAUUGCAGUGAACAUUGUCAAUUCGGCUACCGUUGAACUAUAUCCAACUGCUUUGAGAGCAAUGGCAAUCUGUAUUUCAUUAAUGUUCGGACGUAUGGGAUGUGUAUUCGGUUCAUUUACAGCCGCUCUCCUGUUGGACAAUCAUUGUGAGGCUGCUUUCUAUUUGUCAGGCGUGAGCGUCAUAGUUAUGGGAGUGCUAACGUACUUUAUUCCAAAUAUUCAUAACAAAGCUGACAAUUCAAUCGUACAGAACGAGUCUUAGUGUCACAUCAUUCAAAUAGACUUGUAUUUAUGAUAUAAAUUUAGAUAUUAAGAAUCUUUAUAAAUGUACAGUUAUUACAAUGACAAGAAACUCUCUUAGUUCUGUGCAUCUUACCAAAAAUGGCGCCAACAGCUGUACAUGGAAAUGUCCAUAAGAAAGCGCCGUCUUUGUCAAAUAUCUUGUUGUUGGUCAAGAAAAAGGGGUUAUAGUUUCCUGUUAUUGAGUUAUAAUUUAGCAAUAAAUUUUAAUUAUAGAAUAUUUUGUUUUAGGGGUUAUAAGACCUUUUUCAACAACGAUCUCAAACAAAAUAUAAAAAUCAAUCAAUAAAACAGAAAUCAGUCUAGUCACAACUUU